AUGCCAGCGACGCUCUACCUCCGUCCAUCUCCACGAGCGUUCUUUCUCCUGACUGAAACGCACGCUCUGGUCUUCCGUCAACCUGAUGCCUCAGAAACAAAAGCUUCCAAAAGUGUUGUAGUCGCUGAAUUUUUACCGAUAGAAGAGGUCGAUACGAGGGGUCUGGUAAAGGCUUGCAGGGGCAGAAAUGUGGAGGGUGUAUUGGGUGUAACAAGUGUGCCGAGUGAUCGAUCACCCAUCCCAGAGAUAUUCCUCCUCCUCGUCUCCCACUCUACAUCCCUACCAUCUCUCCUUCCCUCUGCAUCAUCCUCAAUCAGACCUCAAAAAGUAAUCGGAGUGGAAUUCCAUUCUUUGACAUCCUCAUUCUGGGACUCCCCCGAAUUACUUUCCGCCUCCGCCUCAGCUCAACAACAAGCUUUGGGCUAUGACGAAUUCGACUAUGAUGAUCCUAAUCCUUCUGGUCCAUCGUAUACCUCCGGGGGAUCAACUAUGUCUCAAGCUCAGCAAAUGGGAUUGGAAAAUCCAUGUAAUGGGAUGAGAAAAUAUCUAGAGUCUGGAUCAUUCUUCUAUGCUGAUGGCGAAUCAUGGGAUAUAUCGAAGCGAUUAGAUGAAUCAAAUUGGAUCUUAUCAUCCAUUGGGAAAUCUCAGGAUCAUCCAUUGGAGAAUUUCGAUGAGAGAUUUAUAUGGAACUCCAGUCUAUUACAGCCAUUCCUCAAUUUCCGCUUGAACCUACCUCACGACCAGAGAAGAGAAUUGGACGAUCAAGCUUUGUUGAUACCGAUAAUCCAAGGAUUCAUCAAUUCCUUACCUAUAUCUACAGGAUAUUCGUCAUCGACCGGUAAACAUGAAGUAGCGAGUUUAGGGUUGAUAUCCAGAUUAAGUUGGAAAAGAGCAGGAGCGAGAUUUAGAACGAGAGGUAUAGAUGAUAACGGACAAGUAGCGAAUUUCGUAGAGACGGAAUUGGUACUGGCGACGGAAAGCACCUUGAUGAGUUAUAGUCAAGUGAGGGGUAGUGUUCCCCUGUUUUGGGAACAACCUAGUCAGGGAUUGGGGACGCUUCAGCAAAAGGUUGAGCUUACUAGGCCCCCACAAGCAACCCAACCAGCCUUCGAUAAACAUUUCCUCGAAUUAAUGUCACAUUAUCACUCCAUUCACGCCAUCAACCUUCUAGGUCAGAAAGAUGCCGAAUCAAUGUUAUCUUCCGCCUAUUCCCAUCAUCUCGAAUCGCUCAAACAUACCCUCGCUGCCAACCCAGAGAAAGAUGAUACCCUAGAUGGCCAGACUAGAGGAACGAUUGAUCUCACACCGUAUGAUUUCCAUUAUGCAGUUAAAAUGGGUGGACACGAGAUGGUGAAAUAUGAUUUCUCGAUGAGGUUGGACGAAGUGGUAGAUUCUAUGGAAAGGUUCGGAUGGACUGCGAUCGAUACUACUGAUGGGCAGGUGAUUGAGAAGCAGGAUGGGGUAUUCAGGGUGAAUUGUUUGGAUUGUCUGGACAGGACGAAUUAUGUUCAAGAUGUUAUAUCCUCCUUAACACUCUCACGGUAUCUUAAUUCUAUCGGAUCACCCUUACAAUCCUCUCAAACACUUUGGUCUGCGCAUAGAGAAUUAUGGGCGGAUAAUGGGGAUCGAUUGAGUAAGAUUUAUGCUGGUACGGGUGCACUCAAUACUUCAGCUACGAGAAGUGGGAAGAAGACUUUUGCGGGACUGUUGAGCGAUGCUACGAAGUCUGUUGGAAGAGCAUAUAUCAAUAAUUUCCAGGAUAAAGGUAAACAGAAUGCUAUUGAUAUGUUAUUGGGGAUGAUGUCUGGACAAAGACCUGUCAUACUCUUUGAUCCGAUAAGUGAUUCGGUACAAGCAGCUUUGACAGCCAGAUUGAACGAAUACUCUCACACCAAAGUCUUGUCGAUCUUUUCGGGAACUUGGAAUUUGAAUGGAAAGGCUCCGGACGAGGCUUUGGAUUCUUGGCUAUUCCCUCGCAAUACACCCGAACCCGACAUUUACAUGAUCGCUUUUCAAGAGAUUGUUGAGCUCACUGCAGGUCAGAUACUGCAGACUGAUCCAGCCAAGAAGCGAGUAUGGGAAAAGUUCAUCAUGGACACAUUCACUAUGCGCAAAGGUGAGAAAUCCGACUACCUUCUAUACAGAAGUGAACAACUUGUCGGAUCAGCAUUGAUCAUAAUCGUGAAAUCAAGUCUAGCACCACAUAUGAGGAACGUCGAAAGCACGACCAAGAAGACUGGUUUAUCUGGGUUAUCGGGAAACAAAGGUGGUGUGGCGAUAAGAUUCCAGCUUUACGAUUCGGAUAUCUGUUUCGUCACUUCUCAUCUUACUGCUGGACAAUCAAAUGUCACUGAACGAAACUCCGAUUGGAAGACUUUAACGGCGGGGAUGAAGUUCUCGAGAGGGAGGAUGGUCGAAGACCAUGAAAUCAUCAUUUGGUCGGCGGAUUUGAAUUACCGAAUCGCUCUACCUAAUGCCGAUGUAAGACAAGCCAUCGAAGAUGGUAGCUUAGAUGCAUUGUUGGACUCUGAUCAACUACUCAACGCUAUGGAUGCUGGAGAAACCUUCAGAGGGUAUGAAGAAGGACCUAUAUCGUUCUUCGAUAAUGGCACCGAAGACUAUGAUACGAGUGAGAAACAAAGGGUGCCAGCAUGGACAGAUCGUGUUCUGUUCAAAGGAUCAGCACUCCGGUUGAAGGAUUACAAUCGAGCGGAAUUGAUGACCUCGGAUCAUCGACCCGUGUAUGCUGUUUUCGACGCGACCAUCCGUGAAGUCGAUCAUGCUCGCAAAGAUGCUAUCUCGAAGGAGAUCGUACAUUCCAUUCUGACCAGUGGAGGUGAAAAGAAGAUGGAUGAGAAGGUGGAAGAUGUCGUUAGAGGUCAUGGUGGACCAAGAGAUCUUGUCAGGGAUUUGGCGAGAGUUUCGGUAACUCCUUCCCUGCGUACGCCUAGCCCAAGACAGCCGCCCAGACCUACAUCUGCCGCAUCGAUGAAGGAAACUCAUUCACCGGUGACAGCCACAGCAAGACUACAUUCCCAAUCCCUUUCAACUCCACAAACAGCAUCCUCUUCCCUUCGAGCUUUAUCAUCCAGCACCUCUUCUUCGUCUCUAAAGCAGAAUGCAAGAAGACCCCCUCCAGCUAUACCUACCAGGAGAUCACCUAUACCUAGAUCAUCCUCUAGAGGUAUGCUAGCUAACGGAACUGGAUCGACCCACUUAAGCAAUUCAACGCCGACGCCGUCAAUCACACCUUCGACAACGGGUGAUUUCGUGAUUGUACCCAAUACCAACACCAAUUCAAAAUCCUAUCCGCCACCAUUACCACCUCGAGCCAUUCCCACACCUAAAUCGAGUUUAGAUGUCAAACCUUCAGAACAAGGCAAAAUUCCGGUCAUACCUAGAUCAUCAUCUGGUUCAGUUGUAUCAAAGAUAAAUGGAGAAGAGAAAGAAGUCCAAGAGGGAUUAUCCUUAAAUCAACUUCGAGCUAAAUUUGAGAACCCGAAUAAGGAUGCUUCUGUCACAAAUCCUGUAAAGCCUAAACCUAUUGCUGUCGUUGCGAAAUUGCCAAGAAAAUCAAUGGACAUCAAUGGUUCGCCUCAGGAAGGGUUGAUGUCGCCUGUCAAACCUGAUAAACCCCAUGGACCAACACCAGCCAUUCCGACUAAACCUAGACGAUUGAGCUCAGGUAUCGCCAAAUCCCCCGAAAAGUAUAAUGGGGCGGGGGCUGGGGAUGGGGAUGGGGAUGGAUCACCGGAGAAGGAGAAGAAGAAGCCGGAAGUACCUAAGAAACCUAUCGGAUUGAAGGAGAGGUGGGACGGCACCUAG